AUGCCGUUUGGUGGCAUCUAUGGCAUUUCCAAACGUUUGCUGGACGCUCGCCGCCCACUGGAAAUGACGCAAGAAUUAGCCGAAGAAAUGCUUCUCCCUUAUCGCCCUGAAUUACCAGUGGCUUAUGAGGAUUUCAUCAAUUAUAAUCAAAGCGUCUAUGGCAUUCGCGGCUUCAAAACUUCGCCAUCCGGUUUGGAAUCGACCAGUCUGAUGCUGGCGUAUGGCACAGAUCUAUUCUUUACACGCUUAACUCCUUCUGGGACGUUUGACAUACUGAAAGACGAUUUCGACCACUUGUUGAUAAGUGUUGUUCUCGUGGGUUUUGUGGUCGGAAGUUUGGUAUGUAAAAAAGUCGGCAAAAAUAAUAGCUUAAAGCAGGCCUGGCAAUAG